AUGGCGGAUCGCGACACGGAUGAAACCAAGUGGUCCGAUAAUGACCAACUUGACAAUGAUGAACUCACCCAGUGUCCUGACUCAAACCCUUCAGAAGAUGGACCGGAACGGGGUACCGGGUGUGGUGGUUGCACCUUACUGGACCGGGACGGGGCACCGGGUGUGGUGGUUGCACCUUACUGGACCGGGACGGGGUACCGGGUGUGGUGGUUGCACCCUACUGGACCGGGACGGGGCACCGGGUGUGGUGGUUGCACCCUACUGGACCGGGACGGGGCACCGGGUGUGGUGGUUGCACCCUACUGGACCGGGACGGGGCAAAGGGUGUGGUGGUUGCACCUUACUGGACCGGGACGGGGCACCGGAUGUGGUGGUUGCACCUUACUGGACCGGGACGGGGUAACGGGUGUGGUGGUUGCACCCUACUGGACCGGGACGGGGCACCGGGUGUGGUGGUUGCACCCUACUGGACUGGGACGGGGCACCGGGUGUGGUGGUUGCACCCUACUGGACCGGGACGGGGCAAAGGGUGUGGUGGUUGCACCUUACUGGACCGGGACGGGGCACCGGGUGUGGUGGUUGCACCCUACUGGACCGGGACGGGGCACCGGGUGUGGUGGUUGCACCCUUCUGGACCGAGACGGGGCACCGGGUGUGGUGGUUGCACCCUACUGGACCGGGACGGGGCACCGGGUGUGGUGGUUGCACCCUACUGGACCGGGACGGGGCACCGGGUGUGGUGGUUGCACCCUACUGGCCAACCAAGGUUUGGUUCCCGAUGUUGAUCUGCCUUCUGAUCGACGAUCCCUUGAUCCUUCCCAGAUGGGAAAUCCCUUCUUUGCCUAG